UGAGGGAGAUGCGGUCGGUAAUCAAUAGGCGCUUGCAGGUACGCGCUGCUGCCUCUUCACACGCGCGCGCACACGCACACUGUCUCGCUUGUUUUCUUCCUCAGCGCUGGAUGUGAGACGUCAGCGUCACCACCGCAGCCCGUAGACACACACAGCCUGCGGCCACACGUUUUACCACCGCGUCUGGAAGAAGCGAAGCCCGGAUAGCGCAACAUAUUGACACGCGAACAUCCCCGUUGCGUUAUCACCUUUCUGCGGAGACCAGAAAAGGCCACUCCAUGACAGUCUCGCGUCGCGCACAACGUCUUUGCGCAUCCCACAGCAGCGGCGUCUCAUCUCGGAAUUGCUGAAAAUACUACAAGACAUUACACAACAGUGAAUGCAUCGCGCUAGACCUGCUAUGACCACAGGGGUUCAUGGAAUGGCUCGCUGGGGGUUGUGUGGGGUUUUAUUCGGGCUGCUGAGGCUCAGCUCGGCUUGUCCUGUGUCGUGCUUUUGCAAUGCCUCGAGGAUCUCGUGUAUCGAUCAAGAACCAGGGAUCGAGGAUUUCCCUGUCUUGGUGCCAGAGUCUGAUAUGGAAAACAUUACGGAUAUCUAUAUCUCAAAUCAAAAAAGGCUAUUUACAAUUAACGAGGACCAUAUGAAGUUCUACUCGAAUCUCAGGAAUUUAGCAGUGACCAAUACUCACCUGACAUAUGUAUCUACGUUGGCCUUCUUUAACAAUUCUAAACUUCAAUAUCUGAAUCUGAGAGACAAUAACUUAUCAACACUCUCCUGGAUGGCAAUUCGUAAUUCAAACUUGUCGACUUUGUUGCUCUCUGGGAACCCUUUGCAAUGUGCAUGUGAGAACAUCUGGAUCAAAGCCUGGUUGGAUGAUAGUGAGAAAGAGGGUCUGCAGUGUCUACUGGAAGGAGGAGGGGCAAAAUCUCUCUCUAGACUCACUCUACCGUCAUGUGAGUAUCCACGUGUCGAGGUCAUCCCUGCUGUCGUCAGUCUAAUGGCAGGAAGUGAUGCUACUGUGAUCUGCAGCAGUGUGUCUGGAUCCCCGACCCCUGAGCUAUCCUGGAGCUUAAAUUCUAGUGAUCAUCCUCCUCUCUCAACCAGCCAUGAGAUCAGCAAAAUGGAGCUUCAGUCUGUGCUGACUCUAAGUGGACUUUCACCUGAUGACAACGGCAGAGAGCUCACCUGUAGUGCCGAGAACAUUGUCGGCCAGAAUGAUGCUUCAGUCCUUCUCAAUAUUCUUUUUCCCCCUACUAUAGUGCAGCUAUACCAGCCUGUGAGGAACCAGGACUGGUGCAUCCCUUUCACUGUGACGGGCAACCCAAAGCCUGAUCUGCACUGGUACCACGAGGGAAAGCUACUCGAGGAGCAGCAGUACAUUAGGACCGAAAUCCAUGAAAUCACAGAUACGGAGUACCACGGCUGUCUGCAGCUUGUCAUUCCCACUCACAUUCAUAACGGCAUUUACACGCUGGUGGCCAGCAACGAGUUCGGAGAGGACAGCGGAAAUGUGACAGCACACUUCAUGCACACACCUGAUGUGGACCACUCAGGGACAGAGGGAGCGUUCUAUUACGACACAACAUUUAGUCCAGAAACCCCACCACUGGAGGACAAAGUUGCGGUUUACAUAGUGGUUGGGAUAGCUGUGGUUGCUUUAACUGGAUGCAUCAUUAUGUUAGUUUUCCUCAAAUAUGGUAGAAGCUCCAAGUUUGGUAUGAAAGGCUCCUCAUCUGUCAUCAGUAAUGACGACGACUCUGCCAGCCCGCUCCACCAUGUUUCCAAUGGCAACAACACCCCAUCAUCCUCGGAGAUGGGCCCAGAUGCUGUUAUUAUCGGAAUGACAAAGAUUCCAGUCAUCGAGAACCCCCAGUACUUCCGCAACCCUGGCAGUAUGCUGAAAUCGGACACUCUUGUCCAACACAUAAAGCGUCACAACAUUCUGUUAAAGAGGGAGCUUGGAGAAGGGGCUUUUGGAAAAGUGUUCUUGGCUGAAUGCUAUAACUUGUCUCCUGACCAAGAGAAGAUUUUGGUGGCUGUUAAGACUCUGAAAGAGGCCAGCGAAAGUGGGCGAGCAGAUUUCCACCGAGAGGCGGAGCUCCUGACCAACUUGCAGCAUGACCACAUUGUCAAGUUUUAUGGCGUGUGUGUAGAAAGUGACCCCCUCAUCAUGGUGUUUGAAUACAUGAAACAUGGAGACCUCAACAAGUUUCUCAGGGCUCAUGGUCCAGAUGCGGUGCUGAUGGCGGACGGACAGCAGAGUUUGAUGGUGGAGUUGACUCAGCCUCAGAUGUUGCACAUUGCUCAGCAGAUAGCAGCAGGCAUGGUGUAUCUGGCUUCACAGCAUUUUGUGCACAGAGACCUGGCCACACGUAACUGCUUGGUGGGAGAGAACCUGCUUGUCAAGAUAGGAGACUUUGGCAUGUCCAGAGAUGUGUACAGCACCGACUACUAUAGGGUGGGUGGUCACACCAUGCUGCCCAUCCGCUGGAUGCCCCCAGAGAGCAUCAUGUACAGGAGAUUCACCACAGAGAGUGACGUUUGGAGUCUGGGUGUGGUACUCUGGGAAAUCUUUACCUACGGCAAGCAACCCUGGUACCAGCUCUCAAACAACGAGGUGAUCGAGUGUAUCACACAGGGACGGGUGUUGCAGAGACCUCGUACUUGCCCCAAAGAGGUGUAUGACCUAAUGCUGGGCUGCUGGCAGAGGGAGCCCUACAUGAGACUCAACAUCAAAGAAAUCCACAAUCUGCUCCAGAGCCUGGCCAAGGCAUCGCCUGUUUACCUGGACAUCCUGGGCUGAUCCGUUUGCCAGUAUGGGUGUGUAAUUGUUAGUGAGGAAGAGUGUGUGAAUGCAUGGUAUAAAAGGAGUAAGGGAUGGAAUAUAAUUUGAAUGAUUGAAUGUAGAUUCAUAUAGAGAGUGUGUGUGUGUGUGUGUGUGUGUGUGUGUGUGUUCAUAAAAAUGGCUUGUGCUUCAGCCUUCUCACCACAUAGACUAAAGGCCUUAAAGUUGACUGUGUGCAUUGCUUUGAGUUUUUCCAAUGUUUGGACAUGUCCAUAUCUGUAUUGCAUCAUUGUGUUUUCUAAAAACCCCAAAUGGUCUACAGACGGAAACAUCUGAUUGUUGUAAAUAUGCAUCAGAGACAAUGCAGACCUUUUGUUUUAGUUCCUUUUUGAAAAAGGUAACUCGGUUUGGGAAAGUUUACACUUGUUUUUCUGUCACCAUUUGUUUAUCGAGAUGGACAAAAUUUGGACUUGAUAAGGACCCAGCCAUUAGCACAACCGCUGAUGACACCCUGGCGACAUUCUGGCAGAUCGCAAUACUAUUCGCAAAUUAUUGAGUAACAAUCAUGGAACUGCCAUUCAUGUUUCAUUUGGAAUUUUUUUAAACACAUCUGAUAUCAUUUUAGACUAUUCUGUGCCAAGUUUUGAUGUCCAACGCUGAGGUUGAUGAAAGGCGUUUUUGGACGUCUCAGUGCACCAUCUAACUCAGUGCGAACUUUGUAAUAGAAGCACAGCGACAAAGACUCCUCCAAUUAUCAUUUUUUUUCUUCGGAAGAGGCUUGAGGUUGGACAUAGUGUUUGGAGUGAGCACAGAGGCAAAGUCACCAGCAGUGGCACUGACGUCUUUGUUUGGCUCCCUGGCCAUAUGCGCUGAAGUUCUGAUUCAAAGGGCACUUGUCUCUCCAACUG